CAAUUGUCACCACUUGGGAUCAUUCGACCCCCUGAAAACCCGUUACCGAGACCCAUAUUCACACAAUGCCUAUCAAACACACGAACACUGGUUCUGAAACCACCCCAAGCGUUGAAAAUACACCAACACACGCUGGAAAAGUUACUGUCCGGCAGAUUACUGCCUCUCCAACCCAUAGCACCGUUCCUUCUCCUCCUCCACCCUUAGGGGAGCGCCCAGCUCGCUUCCUUAUGAAGGGACUCUUACAGAAGCAAGAUAGGGGAAUAACAACAUGGCGUCGCAAACUUGAGAUUGAGCCAGAAACCACAACAGAGCCUUCCCACGCUCUAGGAAUGGGCACCUCCGCUCCUUUCACGGAGCUCGAAGCUCCUGUGCCCGGCGCAACACCGGACCAGGAGAAGGGAACGGUGAAAGAAGGGGCUGUGGUUGAGCUGGAGGGAGAGAGCGGAAAGGAGAAGAAGAGAGGAGGAAAGCGGGAUGUUCCUAAAAAGGCCGCACAGGCCGUGAAGAAGAUGUUACUAUUUCGCUAACGGGAAGG